UUCUUUAGAUCGGCUAUUGUGUAAUUUUAUUUCAGCUUAACCGGGGUGCCCACUUUUCUCGUUUUUUUGCUGAUUCGUCUUGCAUUAAUUAUACUUUUGAAACGUUAAGCAAUCGAGAUUUGCAACUCUCGCGAUAUUUCCCAUUUUUUCAAGCACUUUCUGACCCAGAUUAAUGGAUACCAAAGUUAGCGUUUACACGGCAGUGACGAUGUCAGUGUUAAUCAGGAGACGCGGGGACAUCUGAGGAUUCACGUUAGCAACCGCGACAGGAUACAACAGUUCAGACAUCCACAAUGAGGCUGAAAACGUCGUUGCAAAAGGAACCCAAACAUAAGGAACUUGUAAGUUGUGUGGGUUGGACCACAGCAGAUGAGCUGUAUUCAUGCAGUGAGGAUCAUCAGAUCCUCAAGUGGAACCUGCUUGCUAAUGAAACCACUCUGGUUGUUAAAUUGCCAGAGGACAUUUACCCCAUUGAUCUACACUGGUUACCCAAAACUGUUGGUGGCAAGAAACAGGCUCAGGCAGAGAUUUUUGUUCUCACCAGCACUGAUGGAAAGUUCCACCUGAUGUCAAAGAUGGGGCGAAUUGAAAAGAGUGUUGAUGCACAUAAAGGAGCUGUUUUGGCUGGAAGAUGGAACUAUGAUGGGACGGCCCUUAUCACAGCUGGGGAAGAUGGACAAAUCAAGAUCUGGUCAAAAAGUGGGAUGCUACGCUCAACACUAGCCAGCCAAGGGUCUCCUAUAUAUUCUGUAGUCUGGGGUCCAGACUCAGACAGAAUACUCUACACAUCAGGGAGGCACCUAAUCAUCAAGCCUCUGCAGCCAAGCGCAAAAGUCAUCCAGUGGAAGGGUCAUGAUGGACUUGCUCUUAAGGUGGACUGGAAUUCAGUAAAUCAUCUCAUCCUGUCGGGUGGAGAAGACUGCAAAUAUAAGGUCUGGGACAGCUUUGGACGUCUGCUUCACUCUUCAUCUCCUCACGACUAUCCUAUCACCUCUUUGUCCUGGGCUCCAGAUGGGGAAGUGUUUGCCAUGGGCUCCUUCAACACCCUGCGGCUCUGCGACAAGACUGGAUGGUCCUACGCACUAGAGAAGCCUAAUACAGGCAGUGUGUUCAGCUUGGCGUGGUCUGCAGACGGCACCCAGCUGGCUGGGGCCUGCGGAAACGGACAUGUCAUCUUUGCCCAUGUGGUGGAGCAGCACUGGGAGUGGAAGAACUUUGUCAUCACUCUUACCAAGAGGAGAACUAUGCAGGUGAGGAAUGUCGUGAAUGAUGCAGUGGACAUAUUGGAGUUUAGAGAUCGUGUCAUCAAAGCCUCUCUGGCUUUCGGUCACCUGGUGGUUACGACUUCGCUCCAGUGCUACGUCUACAACUCAAGAAACUGGAACACUCCACUCAUCUUUGACCUGAAGGAGGGAACAGUCAGCCUCAUCCUGCAAGCAGAGAAGUAUUUUUUACUAGUGGAUGGAGUGGGGUUGUAUAUAUUCUCUUAUGAGGGCCGACUGAUAUCUACCCUCAAGUUUCCCGGUAUGAGAGCCGACAUCCUAAAUGCCCAGGGUCUCUCACUUAGUAACGACACGGUUGCUAUCCGGGACAAGAGUGACGAAAAAGUCAUCCUUUUCUUUGAUGUCUUAACUGGAAAGGCUCUUGGAGAUGGGAAGCCCUUGGCUCACAAGAUGGACGUGGUGGAGAUCGCUUUGGAUCAGUGUGGCCCAACCACUGAAAGGAAAAUUGCACUGAUAGACAAAAACCGUGACCUGUACUUGACCUCCGUGCGUCAUCUUGGGCGAGAACCCAAAAUCUGCAAAAUUGGUAGCAUGGUUCACAGCAUAGCAUGGAAUGAUUGUGCGAACAUGCUAUGUGGGAUCCAAGACAAUCAGUUCACACUGUGGUACUAUGCAAGUGUCGUCUUCACUGACAAAGAACUACUACCAAAAACACUAUUCAUAAAGGACAGCAGUGAGUUCAGUCGAGCACCUCACAUUCUGAGCUAUGUCGGCACAAAGGUGACACUACGACAAGGAGAUGGUUCACUGGUGUACAGCAGCGUGCCUCCAUAUCCUGCCCUCUUGCAUGAAUACAGCACCUCUGCACGCUGGGAGGAUGCUCUACGUCUUUGCCGCUUUGCCAAAGACCAAUCUUUGUGGGCAUGCCUCGCUGGAAUGGCAAUGGCAAACAGAGAGCUAACCACUGCAGAGAUGGCCUAUGCUGCCAUUGGAGAGUUACCAAGGGUGCAUUUCAUCAACUUCAUUAACGAGCAGCCAUCGAAGGAGUCUAUUCUGGCCCACAUGUUGAUAUUCAGUGGUCAGGUCCGGGAAGCUGAGUCAACUCUCUUACAAGCUGGUCUCAUUUACCAAGCCAUACAAGUGAAUAUUGACCUCUUCAACUGGGAGAGGGCACUGGAGCUGGCGGUCAAGCACAAGACCCAUGUAGAUACUGUACUGGCCCAUAGGGAGAAGUUCCUACAGAAAUUUGGAAGAAAGGAGACGAAUAAGAGAUUUCUGCAGUACUCAGAAGGGGUUGAUGUGGACUGGGAAAAAAUCCAGGCAAAGAUAGAGAUGGAGCUGUGUAAAGAGAGAGAGAGGGCUGCUAACGUCUCUGUGAGGAGCAGCGUAGCAUCACACCGUUAAUUUUCAGACUUUUCAUUUGGGUUGACUCGACCUCAAUGUAAUGUGAAAUUUUCACUUAGGAUCGUGUCCAUCAUACAUCUCCAUGGAAAAAAACAAAAGCGGAUGUGUGAAGCUUGCUUUGCCAUGAAGACUGUGGACUCUGACUCUCACACUACAACAUUCUUGUGACAUGCGCUUUUGUCACGGAGUAUACUUUGAAUGAAAGUCUGUUACUACGGGUGAAUAGAGACACUUCGCCUAACGUUUUUCACAUAUACACUGCAGCAGUGAAACUUGUUACGUCUGCAUGUGAUCAGGAGGGGCUUCAUGUGAGACCACAAACAUCCACAUCAGACUAAUUGAACUUCAUGCUGUUCAUAACCACCAUGUCUGUGAUGCCAAGUCCAGAAAAUGUCCAAAUAGAGCAGAGGAUUGUCUGAAUAACUCACAAGGCAUUAAGUGUGCCUGCUGAUGAUAUUUGUUGCUUCAUGCUUUUUUGCAGUUUAUUGCUUUAUAUCUGGAUGUUACUUUGGUUUUUUGGUAUCUAAUUUGUCAACCGCAUCUGCUGUAAACAGAAACAGUGCUUUCCAUAGCAUGCUUUUGCAUAAUUCCCUGGGUCCUGUUUGCUCCACCAAAGCUCCACUCCAGAGUAUUUCCAGUCAUGAGAACGCGUCCCACAUAACAGUCCGCUGUACGUUCGUGAAUGGACAAUGGCAAACAGUGUCUAGACCUGAUGCUCUGAACAUUGUAACAUGUUCAAAUGUAAAACUGGCUUUAGAAAGGGAGCUCUUUGUUUUAAGUAGAGGCUUUUUUUUAUUUGUUUCAUUAACUUGGUAUGCUCAGCCAUGUAGAGGCAUAUCUCUUUUGUCAUGUAUGUUCAAUGUUGUGUUUUUAUAUAAUAUUCUUUCACAGUUUAUUAUUCGUUAUUCUUUGUAAAUAAAGCAGAUGUGGAUAUAUUUAUAUUCCUUCAAUACAU